CAUACAUGGUUUUUGUCGAUGAUUCGGGAUGAAUUUAGAGGUGGAAAAAUUAACCUAGAAAAAACUCACAAAUUACUUGAAAAAUUAGAUAUUCAGUGCAAUUAUGUUCAUGUGAAAUCUAUUUUUAAGGAUAAUGACAGGCUGAAGCAAGGAAGAAUCACCAUAGAAGAAUUUAGAUCAAUUUAUCGAAUUAUUGCGCACAGAGAAGAAAUUGUUGAGAUUUUCAACACGUAUUCUGGUAACCAGAAAUUUCUUGUUGAAAAAAACCUGCUCCAAUUUUUGAUACAAGAACAGUAUAUACUUGACAUGAGUCAAAAUAUUGCUUUUGAGAUCAUUCAGAAAUAUGAGCCUAUUGAAGAAGUUAAGAGAGCACAUCGGAUGUCAUUUGAAGGUUUUAUAAGAUACAUGGGUUCAUCUGAAUGUCUAAUAUUUAAACCUGAUUGUGGAAGAGUUUAUCAAGAUAUGACUCAACCACUAAAUGAUUAUUUUAUUUCAAGUUCACAUAAUACCUACUUGAUAUCUGACCAGUUACUGGGACCAAGUGACCUUUGGGGAUAUGUAAGUGCCCUUGUGAAAGGAUGCCGUUGUCUGGAAAUUGACUGCUGGGAUGGAUCACAAAAUGAACCCAUUGUAUACCAUGGUUAUACACUCACCAGCAAGCUUUUGUUUAAAACAGUUAUCCAAGCAAUACACAAAUAUGCAUUCUUAACAUCUGACUACCCAGUGGUGCUCUCUUUAGAAAAUCACUGCUCCCCUUCCCAACAAGAAGUGAUGGCAGACACUUUGCAGUCUGUUUUUGGAGAUGCCUUGCUUUCUGAUAUGCUUGAUGAUUUUCCAGACAAACUACCUUCACCAGAGGUAUUAAAAUUCAAAGUAUUAGUUAGGAACAAGAAAAUAGGAACCUUAAGGGAAACCCAUGAAAGGAAAGGUUCUAAUAAGCAUGAAGACAAUCCAGGAAAGGAAGAUGAGAUAAUAAGCGUAGCUGGAUUACCACUUUUCAAGAAAAGGAAGGUAAGAAAGGUAAAGGUGGCUCUGGCCCUAUCUGAUCUUGUCAUUUAUACCAAAGCUGAGAGGUUCAGAAGCUUUCAGCAUUCAAGACUGUAUCAGCAAUUUAAUGAAAGUAAUUCUAUUGGGGAGACAGAAGCCCGAAAACUUUUAAAGCUGAGAGCCCACGAGUUUGUUCUUCACACCAGGAGGUUCAUUACCAGAAUUUAUCCCAAAGCAACAAGAACAGACUCCUCUAAUUUUAAUCCUCAAGAAUUUUGGAAUAUAGGUUGUCAAAUGGUGGCCUUAAAUUUCCAGACACCUGGUCUGCCUAUGGAUCUUCAAAAUGGGAAAUUUUUGGAUAAUGGUGGUUCUGGAUAUAUUUUGAAACCACAGUUCCUAAGAGAUAUUAAAACACAGUUUAAUCCGAAUAAACCACCAAAUCAGAGUGAUCCAGUUACACUUACAAUAAGGCUCAUCAGUGGUAUCCAGUUACCUCCCAGUAACCAUUCAUCAUCUAACAAAGCUGACGCAUUAGUGAUUCUAGAACUUUUUGGUGUUCCAAAUGAUCAAACGAAACAGCAGACUCGUGUCAUUAAAAGAAAUGCUUUUAGUCCAAGAUGGAAUGAAACGUUCACAUUUAUUAUUCAAGUGCCAGAAUUGGCAUUGAUGCGUUUUGUUGUUGAAAGUCAAGGUUUAAUAACUGGAAAUGAAUUUCUUGGCCAAUAUACUUUACCAGUUUUAAGCAUGAACAAAGGUUACCGUCGUGUUCCUCUGUUUUCCAAAAUGGGCGAGAGUCUUGAGCCUGCCUCACUGUUUAUUUACGUUUGGUACGUCAGAUAG